UGUUGCUACAGAAACUUUGUUGACGUACAUUGUAAUUGCAAUGUAUUUCGAAGCGGUGUUGCCGCGGACCAGAACCAGCGGUUCCCGCUCAACUUCAAAACCGAGAGCAUCGACUUGCCGACGGAAAGUGCGGACUGCGACUUGGGUUCCGGACUGCAGCCGUCGCCGUGCGUGCCUGACGAGGAGGAAAGCAUCCCUGACCCGAAGGUCGCUGCAGGCUCAGGCCAUGGCGGUCCGUGCCCGCCGCUGGACGGAGUGGUCGACCAGCCUGACGAGGAGGGAAGCAUGCCGGACUCGAAGCUCGCUGCAGCCGAUCCACCCUUACCGUGGCCGUGGGUUGCAGGCGUCGGCGCGGAGCAGGCCCAGCAGCUGCUCGUCGGCGAGGCCUUCUCCCUCGCAGUGCCGGCUGGCGACGCGGUCCAGGACGAGCAGGCCUCGAGCAAGGAGACGGGCAGGAAGGUGCGCCGCGGAUUCAACUGUGGGGAGUGCGGCCAGCGUUUCCGGACUGAGAGCGGAUUGCGGGACCACCUUGCGAGUCACACUGAGGGCGGACCUCACUCGUGCGGGGUGUAUGGCAAGGAGUUCUCCAGGAAUUGGGUUCUUGUGAGGCACUCGAGGAUCCACACCGGGGAGAAGCCUUUCAAGUGUGACGUGUGCGGAAAAUCAUUUGCUCUGUCAUUUCAUUUAGUGAAUCACAAGAGGAUCCACACCGGGGAGAAGCCUUACAAGUGUGGGGAGUGCGGAAAGAAGUUUGCUGUGUCAAGUAAUUUAGUGACACACAAGAGGAUCCACACUGGGGAGAAGCCUUUCAAGUGUGACGCGUGCGGCAAGGCCUUUUCUUAUCCAUCUGCCCUACGGGUGCACAAGAGAGUCCACACUGGAGAGAAGCCCUAUACGUGUGACUCGUGCGGGAGGGCAUUUUCUUAUCCAGCUACUUUUGCGCGACACAAGAAGAUUCACGCGGCAAAGAAGCUGUAGGAUGAAUACGUUUUCGUGGGAAUGCACACGAGAGGACACGCGGACAAACUGCUGUUUGUAAAAUUCGUCACCUUUAUUGAUUUUUGCUUCAUUGUCGCUAUAGUAUGCUCUCGUUAUCGUCAGUGCUGAUCUUGUUCGAUUUUUGUGUGCGUAUCUUUGUAAGAGGAGUAUCUCUCCUCAGAGAGUAACAGUGCCGCAUAGGUUUUUUUAAAUCAAGGUUUUGUUAUUUGUCGCCUUGUUGCAUUGAAGUUUAUUUAUGUUUCAUUCCUUGUUUCUUGCAACUGCUUCAUUUGUUUUCCUGCUUGGACACCUUGCCAGUCAGCCUUGUUGUGUUUGUAGUUUUAGGAAGUGAAAAGUGACAGCUCAGUGUAUCCAAUAGGUAUAUUCGAAACAAUAAUAGGACUGCUUCAAUUACUGCUUCCUUACCAUGUUGUUUUAAACACCUUAUGAUAUGUUGAAUGAACGAAGUUAACUGGAUUGUCCCAACAUCGAAUUGACUGUAAAAAGGAAAG